GUGAGCUUCAACAAUAAUAGCACAGCUCUAUAUUACAUUACUAGAAGGCUACAACCCAUAAUUUACUGUCGCUUCUCUGCAGGAUUGCAGGGUGAUGAUGACGUUUGGACAACUAUCUAUCAUUUGGUUUCCUCGUGACUACAGACAGACCCCUCAUUCUCUCACCUUUCCUACAAAUUAAAUCUAUCUUUUGGCCACCCACUUUCAAUAACUCUAUAUUUCUUGGCCCGAUUUCCGAAUACAGAGGAGGCUCGAGAGUGAACCAGAAAUGAACAGCGUGGACCUGGGAAGAUGCAAACGCAUCGUACAGUACCUCUGGGACCCUGAGCCCAAAAACGAUGAAGAGCCUAGUUCACCUAUAUGGUGCCUGGGUAAGGAAUAUACUCGGCAUUUACCAGUGACUACACCAAAAAGCGACACCAGGCCACAAAUUCCCGCUUUCGAAGAGGGUGGGCGUGAUUCAGAGGACCUCGCACAAGACGCAACAACACAGACCUAUGAGACAGCCCUUGGGUGGCCCAAAGCAUUCGUAUGCGAUUUCGAGUCGAGGAUUUGGAUAACAUAUAGAUCCAACUUCGUCCCAAUAUCGAGACCCCAGAGCCACGACGCGAACCCAAACAUGACACUGAGUGUGCGGUUGAGAAGCCAGCUCAUGGACUCACAAGGCUUCACGUCUGACACGGGAUGGGGCUGUAUGAUUAGAUCUGGUCAAAGUCUCCUUGCAAAUGGCCUUUCUUCUUUGCUGUUGGGACGCGAUUGGCAGCGAGGGAUGAAAGCCGACGAGGAAAUGCGACUGCUAUCUUUGUUUGCUGAUUGCCCGGAUGCGCCAUUUUCAAUACAUCGUUUUGUCGAGCUCGGUGCGGAGCGUUGCGGCAAGUAUCCCGGGGAAUGGUUUGGACCCUCGGCAACCGCACUCUGUAUACAGGCGCUCUGCGAGCAAUGCCAGGAACCGAAACUCGGAGUAUAUGUCUCUAAUGAGAACGCGAACGUUUAUCAAGACAAGCUCAUGGACAUCGCUCGGGACGAUGCUGGAUGUAUUCGACCCACACUUAUCCUUCUAGGCACCAGACUGGGCAUUGAUCAUAUCACUCCUGUAUACUGGGAUGCACUUAAAGCCGCUUUACAGUACCCUCAAUCAGUGGGAAUAGCAGGAGGGCGCCCAUCAGCGUCGCACUACUUCGUUGGGGUUCAAGGAUCGCAUCUUUUCUACCUCGAUCCUCACCACACCCGACCUGCCUUGCCUCAUCGCCCGGCCCAUGAGCUUUACACUGAAGAAGAGCGUGACACGUAUCAUACUCGGCGUUUGCGGAGGAUACAUAUCAAAGAUAUGGAUCCAAGUAUGUUACUUGGUUUUCUUAUAAGGAAUGAAGAAGACUGGGAAGAUUGGAAGAAACGCGUUGAGGCCGGCCGAGGAAAGCCGAUUAUACAUAUUCUCAGUUACAUGCAGCCGGAUUACGGCCUUGGUCGGGAAGAGGCACUCGAUGAAGUUGAAGCUCUAGAUGAUAUCGACGGUAUGGAGUAAACAUUUGAAGUUGACUACCAUUGGAACAAUGUUAUUCUUAAUUGUCACUUUGAGUAAGAUUCAUACUCGUUGCUCCUAUUCGGAUCCACAUGAACAUGCGAUGAGAGUACUACUUAGUAGUCAAUGGUAUUCCGAAUUCUGGUAGGGGUGAGACCGCGCAACCAACCCCAGAUCCGAGUUAUGUUACACCGCAUUCACAUCUUGAAAUAACAACCAUGAAAGACAUUGGGCCCAGGAAAAAAGAGAACAAAACAGAUAUAGCAAAGCCAUCCCAUGACACAUUAAAAAAAAA